CUACUCUCUGUGUCUCUCUCUCCUUCUCUCUCUCCCUCUCCCAUAGACUCUCAUCGACUCUCUCCUCUCUCUCUCACUCUCUGUGCUCUCCAUUCAAGUAAAACACUAUUUAUUGUAUGAUUUAAUACAUGUCUCCACACAUUGUAUAUCCAUUGCCACCACUAAUAGCACUAAUGAACGCAAAUGUCAUAUAAAACACACCGUCUUCUCCACCAACUCAUAGCACUGUCCCCAACAAAAGUCACCACCAAUUGGUCCCAAACUCUUUGAUUAACUGUUGGUGUGAUCGCCAUAAAUGUGCGCUUAGUUUGUGUGUGAAGUGAAUGUGAGAUCACUAUAAGUGUUGUGUUGUUGUUGUGGUCGUCGUUGAAAAUGGAGGCAGAGUUUGAUGACUACGACAAACACAACAAAUGGCAACACAUCUAUCAGAAAAUCAGAUACCAGUCAUCGGACGACAAUCUGACGAACAAAGAGAGCCGAAAGUCGGAGAAUAAGCCAUACAAUCGAUACAAAGAUGUGACGCCAUACGAUUGGAGUCGUAUUAUAUUGAGAAGAAGUGACAACAACUACAUUAACGCCAGUCUUAUAAAAGUAGAUUCCGCUCAAAGACAGUAUAUUCUGACACAGGGUCCGUUAGCCAUAACGAGUGGUCACUUCUGGCUAAUGAUUUGGGAACAGAACUCGAAGGCUAUACUAAUGUUGAACCGAUUGGUAGAAAAGGGACAAAUCAAAUGCCAUCAGUAUUGGCCAAAUGGCAGAGACGACAACGAUUGCGAUGAACUCACGUUCACUGAUGUGGGCCUCAAAGUGGUGUUCAUCGAUGAGACCAAGUCUCCCAACUAUAUCACCAGAAAAUUCAAAUUAAUCGACAUCGAGAGCAAUGAGUGGCGAGAAGUGCUUCACUAUCACUACACGUCAUGGCCUGACUUCGGUUUGCCUGAGAGUCCGGCCUCUUUUCUCGAGUAUUUAUACGCCAUCCGAGAGUCGGGAGUAUUAGAUAUGAAAGAAUACGGACCUCCGGUCAUACACUGUAGUGCGGGUAUCGGUCGGUCGGGAACACUAUGUCUCGUCGAUUCGUGUCUUAUAAUGAUUGAACGGUUCGGCCGAUUGGAUGCCGUGAAUGUAAUGGACGUGUUGUUAGAUAUGAGGAAAUACCGAAUGGGUUUAAUCCAAACGGCAGAACAGUUACGGUUCUCCUAUUUGGCUAUCAUUGAGGGCUCGAAACAGCUCUCUUUGACGACAACACCCAACGACACAACAGUGCCUUUUAGUGCUAAUAAUAACUACAAAAGUAAAGCCAUUUCACCAAAGAUUCACCGAUCAUUCGCUAUUAACGAAGACAUGGAUAACAGUGCGGAUGAGUACGCGUUUGAAGACAGUUACACACCAGAAGUGAAUACAAUGUGUGCCACUUUGCCUCCUCUGCCGCCCCGUUCUCGCCGUUCGUUCAGCACUACUUCCCAACAGUCGGACUCGACAUCACCCGAACCCGACUCGAAGAGAACCAAAUGCGACUCAUUAUCAUCCGUCCCAACACUACAACUACAACACGAUAUGAUCUCAAGUGAAGACUCAGCCAAUCAUUACGAGCUAACGAACAAUUCUAACAACAAUUCAUUAAAUAAUGAAAAGAGUGAUUACACGUCACAAACGCCAGACAGUGAACACAAACGAGACGUACGCCGACGGCUGCGCGAAGACAGACACCGCAAGACUGCGGAGACCGUUGAGGGCAUUAAGAAGAAGUUGAGAGAAUCGGAAGACAGGCCAGAUUUCACUCAAUUCCGAUACAAUAGCGCCAAAUGUUGA